AUGGAUUCUGGUGAAGAUUUGGAGGCAUUACUAGAUAAAAAGACGGAGCAAACUGAAGAUGACCUUUAUGAUGAUAGAAUACAAAUAGAAGCCCAAGAACAAAGUCCACAGAAAGUUGUGGCUGAAGUAGAAGAACAAGAUACAUUAACUGAAGCAUUACGGGGCAGAGUAAAAGAAAAGCUGAAAACUGUCAAGGCUGCGCAGGAAAAAGAUUUUUCUCACAUACAAAAUUCUGCCGCAGGAUUUCAGAACAAUCAAGAAACAAAUGCUGAGAAUGAAGUACCCAUAGAUGAGGGUUUUGAAUUUUUUAUAUCAACUUUUGAAGAACACUCCAAUAUGAAAGAACUUGAUACAAAUCUUGGACAGAAAUCAGCAGAUGGCUGCCUUCAAAACAUCUGUAGCUUAAAUGAGCAAACUCCACUGCUUGUCCAUAUGAAAGAAAUGUUGACAGAAUUACUUGAAGUAAAAUCUCCUACCUGUAAUUUCAAUAAAAUAGACAAGGAAAAGGGAUGGAACCAACUCUUUACUCCAAGCACAUUACCAGUUAUACAUAGCUGUAAGCUACCAAGCAAUAUGUUGCCACGACUCCUAGAAGAGGAAGGAUUUUACAUUCCAAGAAAGCCUUAUAUUCCUAGGAAGAUGCACCACAAAAUGGAGAAUCGCCUUCAGCAAGAAGGGGCAAAAGGCUGGUUUGAAGAAAGUGGGGAAAUAAUAUCAUUACCUUCUCCGAUCAAGCAAUCAAGCCAUCACAUAGUAUCUUUCCCUGUUAAGACUAUCACAGAAUUAAAUACAAUAUACAGAAAGCUAAAAGCCUUAAUAAGUGCAACAAAUCUAGCAGAAACACAUUUUAAAAAAGGCCAGUUGAAUACAAACACUUUAAAGGAUUACAGCUCACAAAUAAGAAAUACUAAAAUAUUAUAUGAAAAGGAACAACAACGAGAUUAUUCUUUAAUACAAAGUAUGCUGAAAAUGUGGAAACAGAUGAAGACUUUACGUAAACAACAAGCUUUUACCAGUACAACUAUAAAGCUGCAAUUUCAAAGGCAAACACAUUAUUCUGAAUUGGAUGAAUAUCUGGCCAAAAUAUCAGAAGAUGAUGAAAAGGAUUCUUUGGACUCAGUUUGUACCUCUCAAUCUUUAACAAACCUUGGAGAAGGAAAGAAAGCAUUUUUCAUCCCUCAUAUGACCUUUAUAUCAGAAAUAACACCAGCAAAAUUAUGCCCACUAGAAGAACAGAAGCGAAGAGAAAAGGUCAAAAUGGAGAAAUAUUUUAUUAAAAUAUAUUACAAUAAUAAAUUGGUCUCUUGCACUCCAGAGUUUUCUCUGCGUGAUGAUUUUAAAGUUAUAUUUCAACAACAUUUUAGAAUUCAGAUUUUAAACUGGUCUGAAUCCCUUCAGCUAGAGAUUAUGGAGUCAAAUAAAAACAUGUUGCUGACCAAAGUGUACUUACCUCUUCCUAAUAACUGUAUUUUGAAAAGCAAGGACGUUUUGGAUGAAGUAGAGUUUAGCUGUGAACAACAAGUUAAACCUUCAGCUGGAGCAGUGGGAAGCAAUGUUACUUUUUUUCUUGGUGAAAAUCAAACAGAAGAAUUAUGUAUUAUGACAUCAGGAAAAUUAAUUUAUUCUUUAUCUUGGACAGUUAAUGACAAGGGAAUUCCUUUGGCUCCUACUUUUCAACAUGCAUAUAUUUCUUCCAACAGUGUACCAAGGAACAUCACUUCAGGAAAAGGAACAGGAAUUUGGUGGCAUUCUGAUAUCCAGAAACUAGUUGACUGGGCAAAAGACAUAAAUAUUGACCCAAAUGAUCCUUACUACUCAGAUUUGUUUGAGUUAAUUAUGUAUGCACAGUCUCAGGAGAAAAGUGAUUCAAAACACUUUCGCCUUGAACAACUGCAAGAAGAAUUUAACUUUGUUACUGCAGAAGAUAUUCAAAAUUGCAAACGUUUCCGGCUGUUACAGUUUAGGAAUUUAGGACAGUUGGGCUUCUACUGUUUUCAGCAGAUUCCUCUCUUUGACAAAGAAAUUCCAGACACAAUUUUUCAGGAACAUGGAGGCCAAUUGGAAAAAGACAUGUUUAUGACAGAUAUGGAUCCUAUUUCUGCACAAAGAAGUAGUUCUGCCAACUUCGUUAGGAUGAUGCGAAAUCAAGUUGCAAAACAAAUUUUGACCAUUAGGCACAAAUUUAAUUUAUCAGAUCUUGUGAGUGAUUAUGAAGAAAUUAUAUCAAUGAGCCAAUUGAGUAAUGCAAUUUUCAAGUUAAGUGAACGCAGAAGACAUUUGAAACCACAAAGGAAAGAGAGACGAAAGGUUGCAGCCCAGGCAGUUUCAGAUGGAGAUGUUAAACUUCUUAUCAGAAUAUUGAGAGCAUAUAAUAUUCCUGCAAGAAAGGCACCAGCAUCUAAGGUUGCAGUUACUUAUUCACCAUCUUACUUACCAAAUCGUAUGUCCCGAGGCAGACAUAUUCCAUUAGGUAAUUCAGCCUAUGCUGCCAAUCUUCUCUCUGAGGUGACUGUGCAUCCUUUUGUAGAAGUUACAUUUCAGAAAACAGUUUAUCAGACUAGCACUGCAGAUGGCUCUCAUCCAUGCUGGAAUGAAGAACUUGAAGUUGACUUUAACUCUCCAGGACAUGAUUAUACCUUUCUAGGUCUAUCUAAAAUAAAAGACAACAUAAAUAUUAACAUUUUUGAUGAAUUUGUGAUUGAAAAGCAUGAGGAUGCCUGCCCAAAUAGUUGCAGUGGUCAUUCUUACAUAAGAAAAAACUGGCUUGGAUCAAUUGUAUUUCCUUUCUCUGCUCUACUUGAACAAUCUAAGAUUUGUGGAACAUUUCAAAUAGAUAUGCCACCUGUUGUACUUGGAUAUACUUGGAGUAAGACAUAUGUAUCCCCUAAAGAAGAAUGUUUGGGGCAGAACCUGAAAGAAUAUAGCUUUUUAACCAUCUUUGCCACUAUUGAACCUCAGUUAUCCUCUGCUGAAAAUAAUUUAGAACUGGAUACGUUUGCAGAUCAUGAAGCAGAAACACUAUUGCAAAGAGCAUACAUUUUUAAGCAAACAUGGAAAGCGGUGUUUCCAAAGAGAAGAAUAAUGACCUCAGUUUUUAACAAUCAGGGAAGGAAUAUUUUGGUAACUAAGUACAUUAGCCCUUUGAAUCCACCACAACUAUUGCUAGAUAUAUAUCCAAAAGAUCCCAAUUCAACUUCUGACCUGAUAUCAAGAUUUGUAUCUUUAAUUCCUUGUAUAGCAGAUACAGUGGAUGAAAAUAAUGAUGUUGAUGUGUGGAUGACAUCAGAGCAUUGCAUCGAAUUGAGUGUUGGUAAUAAAGAAGAACAUGCAGUGCUUCUGUGUAAUUAUCUUCUGUACAUUGGGAAAAAAGCCUGGGUAUUGUUAGGAACAUCUGUGUUAGAAGGGAAAGUAGCUUAUGUUGCAACACAAGAAAAUGGAGAAUAUUUUCUGUGGAAUCCCCUGAGUGGCCACUGCUAUAAGCAGUUUGAUGCAUUUUGCCCCCUACAGAGUGUGGAUUGCUUAAUCAGUUGGGAAAACAUCUGGUUUAACAUUCAACAAAACAAUUCACCUAUGUGCACCAGUUUUGACAUUUCAAAGGAAGGCUUUUGGAAACAAUUGCUUCCAUACAAUUUCCAGAAUUCAAAAACACAAACAGUGCAGCCAGAAAAAAUAUUUUAUGUCCCAACGGAUGGAAGUUUGGUAGAUGAGUUACAAAAUAGAAUUGAAAGAAUAUUAAAAAAUAAAAUAAUGGAAUGGCGAUCACAUCUUCCAACUCGAUGGCAUCGACAGUGUACUAGUGUUUUAAGACAAAUUCUUCCCAAGCUUGAAUUUAGAAGUGGACAUAUAACCAAAGAAAAAGAAGAAAGUUAUUUGGAGGCUUUUCAAGAGCAUUACUGGGUUACAGGAUUUCCUUUACAGAUGCCAUACCUAGAUAUCCAGUCAGUAACUGAGGCUGUUUAUCAGACAGGAAUUCAUUCUUCAGAAAUUCCCUAUAUAGAAUUUGCUCUUGCUGUGUAUAUUCAUCCCUAUCCAAAUAAGAUUUUAUCUGUUUGGAUCUACUUAGUAUCUUUGGUUUGUCAUCAGUAAGUA